AUGGAUGUAAAACUGAUAGACGUAGAACAUCCUGAAAAAGCUGUAGCAAUUUUGUUUUAUGUAGAACCUGAUAUAUUAUUGAGCGAAAUGCGAAACAUGAUAUCGAAUCAGGUUGCUGAUAUUAUUUCGUCGAAUGAUUAUCAAUUUCAACACCACGAAGUAGAAUUAUCCAGAUCACAAGAAAGUUCAGUCAUUCUUCGAAACAUCAGAUUAACAAGCAAUGAUAAAUCAUUCUUGAUGGUACAUGUGUCCUUUUGUAAUCCAGGAACUGAAUACGUUAAUCAUCGCAAUCGCUCAAAAACUGACAAAACUGUGCCAUUAAAGUCUGCAGCAUCUGCUGAAACAUCUCUAGUAUCUAGUCUAUCUACGUCGGAAACUGAAGUGACAUCUACAUCGAACGUGACUAGAAUGCUGACAUAGAAAAAGGAAAAGGAAGUGAGAAAGAAUAUCGUCGCUUUUGGAACGAGGAAGUUAGAAAAAUGGCAAAGUACACUUCUAUUGGCAAAAAGGAAAUGCACAAGCAAGUUAACGAGCGCUGGAAACUUAAACGAUGUUCUCUUCUUGAAGCAGAAACAAAGAAUGUUCAAGAAUUGGAGAAAAAUAUUGCAGAAAAAGCAGAUGACUGGCAAGCCCCUAAGACUAUGAAGAAGGCAACUAUAUCGAAGAAUAUUGAAAGAGUACGGGAAGCAACCGAAAACACCCAAAGUUUGAGAGAAACUGUUGGUUCUUUGUCGCAAACAUUGAAGCGGAAUCCAGACUUGGUUAAUCGAGCAGAAGUUGAAAGAAAUGUUAAAAGAGCGAAAACUUCACUGAUUUCUUCGAUGAGCGAACUUCGCAAAGCCCAAGAUACGCUACGAAAAAAUCUGGGUGCUAAAAAGUUGCAGUUAUCUGAAUAUCCGAAAUAA